GUCUGCGUCCUGCCCCGCCCCCUCCUCGGAAGUGGACACUCGCUGUCUACAUUCCCCUUAUUUCAUUUUUCAUAUUUCGCAGCAAAACCCCCCCAAUGGAAGGCAAGAUGGACGAUUGAGCCGAACGCGGUCCCCCUGAUUUCACCCUUUAUUUGUCGAUGAACUGAGAGGACCGGAUGAAAUCCAACUGGGGUUUUCUCCGCUUUGCAGGGGAGGUAUCUGUAUCCAGUGGGGAGGAAGGCUUAACCUGGGGGAGAAAGAAUGAAGUUCACCGAACCCUGGGGAGUCCACAGGCUGGCUUUUCUUCUGGAAAAGGCCAUGUCGAGGGAGGCCAAGAUGUGGAAGGGCGACUUGCCAAAGAAGCCCUCCUCACAGGAUACAGAUAUCUCUCCUACUCAGCGGGACGAGGCUGUGUGUUGGCUUACGGAGAUCCACAGUAGACUGCAGCUGUACCCAGAAACAUUGGUGUUAGCUGUUAGCAUACUGGACCGUUUCCUUUCUUCCAUCAAGGCCCGUCCAAAGUAUCUGCGCUGCAUUGCCAUUGCCUCCUUUUUUCUGGCUAUCAAGACCUGUGAGGAGGAUGAGUGUGUGCCCUCUCUGAGCAAGUUGGCUUCUUCCUGCAACUGUGGCUGUUCCCCAUCAGAGAUCCUGAGGAUGGAAAGAAUUAUUCUUGACAAACUGAACUGGGAUCUGCACAAUGCCACAUCGCUGGACUUUCUGCACAUAUUCCAUGCAAUGGUGUUGUCAUGUUCUUCUGGGCUUUUGGACACCUUGAUGGGACUGAAGCGAUCUCAGCACCUCGCCCUCCUCACGCGCCGACUCUACCACUGCUUGGCGGAUCACAAACUCAUCAAGCUGAGAGGAUCCAUGCUGGCCUUGGCCAUCCUCACUUUGGAGCUGGAGACGUGCUGUCGGGACUGGCUGGCUCUCACCAUCGAGCUGUUAAAGAAGGCGCAGAUCGACACUUCUGAGUUGAUCCGGAGUCGAGAGCUUGUUGCUUGUAGUCUUUCUGCACUGAGAGCGCCCUUGCUUCCAAACACCGUCUACAUCUACCAAGCCCAUCGCAGCCAGGACCAUCUGGGGCGCGUGGCCACCUCCACACAGUCUUCCUCCCCAGCUGGAGAAGAGGGAGGAUGCCAGCAGCCCUGUGGCUCUCUCCUAUCCUCCUCCAAACACGGCAGCCUCCCAGCUCUCCUCGCUCCUCCCAAACCUUUCUACCACCUUCACCACCUGCUAAGGCUGACGCUGCGCUGCAAGAGCUCCACAAAGCGAAAGGUGGAGGAGAUGGAGGUGGAUGAUUUCUAUGACGGCAUCAAGCGCUUGUACAACGAAGACUACACCACCACCCUUGCCCAGGAGGGGGCGCCAUUUUUGAGGGGAGCAACAACAACAACAACCACAACAACACCAGCAGCAGGUGAAAGAGAGGGAGGUCGCUCCUCCCCCUGCCCGCCGCUGCAGCCAGUCUGUGCCUCCUAAAGCGGUCUGAACCAUCUCGUUGCUCACGUUAGUCGACAUUGUCAGACAUUCGGCGUUGACGUGGUCAACAAAUGAAACCUCUGACAUAGAAAAAUUGACGUGGAUGGUUCUGAUGGGCACACAUCUGUUUUGUGUUUUGACCUGAGCGUCCUUCAGACCCUUCAGCCAGAAAACAAGAGCAACAAAAAUAAUUAAAACUUUCUAUUCUUUCUUCGUUACAGUUGACACAAAUACAAAAAAAAGUAAAUAAACAUAAAAAAUAUCUCCCAAAAAAAGUAGAACCAUUAAGAUUCAUGUUUGUCAACUUUUAUUUGUUAACUUUAUUUAUUGUUUCCUCUUCCUUAAUAGCAAGUUGGAUAUUUAAAUGCUUUUUUUUCGCAUUCAAAGAUGUGGUCUGUUUUAGAUUUCCUUCAUCAGCAAGUUCAUUGAACUUUAUUAGGGAUUUUGUUAGGUUUAAAGUGGACAAAUACCAGUUUGUUCCUAAUCCGAACCACUGCAAAAACCCUCCAAGUGCACCUUUAAGCAGCAAACUACUUGAGUUCAUUAAGCAGUUCUGCACUGGAGCGCCACUUAGUGAAGGAAAAUAACACCGUUAUGGUAAGUUUAACAGUAUCAAAGAAAACAAAAGAGAAAAUGUUAAAAAUAAAUUUGUAUUUAACCAAAUUAAACUUCCUGGCCUCAGAUUGGUUGUGGAGGGCUUAGUUAGGGUUUCUUGUUUGCCAAGACAAGGGAAUGGCCUAAACUAGUAUAUGGAUUUUAAAUUCCAUUUAAAUCAGAGGCCAAAAGUAAAUUGCCAAGCGACAGCCCCAAAACCCUUGGGAAUUUGCAUGCACUUAUUUACCUCACUCAUGUACAAUUUCAUCUAUAACUGUUUAGUUGGGAUUUUGUUGUUGGUAUUCUGUCAUUAGAAUGUCUUUGUAAGCCAGUAAAACUGUAGGGUAUCAAAUAUGUAUCCCACCAACUAUAUUUACUAACAUAAGUUGGAGGAAGCGAAUUAGAUUUCUUUGGGAUGUGGUGAACUGGAGGGACUUUGUGCAAUGAACUUUAAGGGCAUUUUAACACCACAACAACAGAAAUGUGUGCACUUCUGUCUGCUUUCAAACACACUAUGAAGCAACGAGUGAUAAAUUGUCACUUCUUACAAUAUUCCUGAUCUAGACGUUUUCAUUCCUGCAAAAAGCUCUUGUUUUACUUUCUGGAGGGGCCUGCUGGAUGUAGCUCCUGGUCCCUGAAUCCAACAUGUGGCACAAACAAAUAAAGAGAUGAAAAACAAAAA